GCUGACUUCUCAAAGUGCCGCCAAUAUGCCUGUCUCAGCAUAGCAGCCCCUCCAGCCUGGCACACCAGAGAGAGGGAGAGGUAGAGCGAGGUAGAGAGAGAGAGAGGAGAGGAGAGGAGGAGAGAGAGAGAGAGAGCAAACCGGUGAGAGGAGGGGGAGAGAAAAAAGAGAAACAACUUUCUCUGCCUCCAACUGCAGGCUCUGCCUUGCCGAGGGGCUCCAGCACUGCGCCUCUGUGAAGUGCCCGCUCGCCCACGUGUGUGUGUAGCGGUGUGUAUGAGUGAGUGUGUGUGUAUGUGAGCCGCAGCCUCAGGAGCCAUGUCAGACCCCAGGGACAUCGACGAGGACGCCAUCCUCAAGGGCCUGAGCCCGGAGGAGCUGGACCAGCUGGAGUAUGAGCUGCAGGAGAUGGACCCCGAGAAUGCCAUGCUGCCAGCUGGCUUUCGGCAGCGCGACCAGACCAAGAAGAGCCCGACGGGGCCGUUUGACCGUGACGCCCUGAUGGAGCAUCUGGAGAAGCAGGCGAUGGAGCACCCGGACAGGGAGGACCUGGUGCCCUUCACCGGGGAGAAGAAAGGAAAGGCCUUUGUGCCCAAGAAUCCCUUGCGUCAGAUCCCUCAGCACGAGCAGAUCACCCUGGAGCCGGAGCUGGAGGAGGCUCUGAAGAACGCCACCGACGCCGAGAUGUGUGAUAUCGCAGCCAUCCUGGGAAUGUACACGCUGAUGAGCAACAAGCAGUACUACGAUGCCUUGGGCACCACGGGCACCAUCGCCAACACAGAGGGCAUCAACAGCGUAGUAAAACCAGAUCCAUUCAAGGUCUUCCCGGACGAGCCGCCAAACACCACCAACGUGGAGGAAACCCUGGAGAGAAUCCACAACAACGACAGCAGCUUGACUGAAGUCAACCUCAACAACAUCAAGGACAUUCCCAUCCCAACUUUGAAAGAGAUCUUCGAGGCGAUGAAGGGAAACUCUCACGUGGAGUCUCUGAGCAUCGCCGCCACCCGUAGUAACGACCCUGUGGCCUAUGCGUGUGCUGAGAUGCUGCAGGAGAACACCAGUCUGCAGAGUCUUAACAUCGAGUCCAACUUCAUCACUGCGGAGGGCAUGAUGGCCAUCAUCAAAGCCAUGGCCAACAACGCCACGCUGGUGGAGCUCAAGAUCGACAACCAGAGGCAGAAGCUGGGAGACUCGGUAGAGAUGGAGAUCGCCAGCAUGUUGGAGAACAACUCCAGCAUCCUCAAGUUCGGCUACCACUUCACCCAGCAGGGCCCGCGAGCCCGAGCCGCCAUGGCCAUCACCAGAAACAACGAUAUGCUUCGCCAGCAGAGAUUGAGAUGAAAGCGACCCAGGAGCGAGCGGGAGGUUUCUUCUUCAGCCGCCUCGGAGCUUCCAUUUGCAAAAAGACUGCCAUUGACGGUCUGGUGUUUAGCUUUGUCAACGGAGCGCCAACAAAUUUCAUACCAGUCCUCCCCCUCACAAGGCUGGUCCGCAUGCAUGGUGGAAACCGCGUAACGUCCAUGUCUAAUCAUUUCAUUUCAUUAACAGUCGAUGGCAGCCGGCUUUUUUUGUAGACUGCUGAAUUCAUCAUAAAGGCAUGUAUAGGUCACAAGCCAAACGUGAAGUGUCUUUUUUGUGCUUCUAGUGUGUCGCCAUGCCAACAUCCUCCCGAACGAGUGAACCCCUCGCUCAUUCAUGCUUCAAGAUUUUCAAUGUGGUGCUAUGCAUAGAACGACAAAAAAAACCUGUAAAUACUUUAAAUAAAAGAAAAACCAAGUAUUUUUUUUGGAAACGUUUGGCACAUUGAAGUUUGUUGUUUCUCCACCCCCACGCCCCCUCCAAGAAACACACAUCCUGCAAAACGCUGAGAUGCUGAAAGUUGCGCACCGAAGCAAUUUCGACUUCGGUGGAUUUCAACAUCAACGGUCCGGUUGGUCACAACGGUUGGUUUGCGAAAGCUGACAACGCAGCAUUU